ACACAGGGCUGAGGUCCCAUCGUCAUCAUCUUCAUCCUCCUCCUCCCCACAGUCGAAGAUGGCGGACCCGGCCGAGUGCACCAUCAAAGUCAUGUGCCGUUUUCGGCCUUUAAACAGUUCGGAGGUGAUGCGAGGGGAUAAAUACAUCCCUAAAUUUCAAGGAGAUGAUAAUGUGGUCGUCGGGGGAAAGCCGUAUGUGUUUGACCGCGUGUUUCAGUCUAAUACUAGUCAGGAGCAGGUUUACAAUGCUUGUGCUCAGAAGAUUGUUAAAGAUGUGCUUGAAGGUUAUAAUGGUACAAUAUUUGCAUAUGGACAAACGUCCUCUGGAAAAACGCACACCAUGGAGGGUAACCUGCAUGAUCCAGAUGGCAUGGGCAUCAUUCCAAGGAUCGUCCAGGAUAUAUUCAACUACAUUUAUUCUAUGGAUGAAAAUCUGGAAUUCCAUAUUAAGGUCUCCUAUUUUGAGAUUUACCUGGACAAGAUCAGGGAUUUGCUGGAUGUGUCUAAGACCAAUCUGUCUGUACACGAAGACAAGAACAGAGUCCCUUAUGUGAAGGGUUGCACUGAACGGUUUGUGUGCAGCCCUGAUGAGGUCAUGGACACCAUAGAUGAAGGCAAAUCUAACAGACAUGUGGCCGUCACAAACAUGAAUGAGCACAGCUCCAGGAGUCACAGUAUCUUCCUAAUAAACGUCAAACAGGAGAACACGCAAACGGAGCAGAAACUCAGUGGCAAACUCUUCCUGGUGGAUUUAGCAGGAAGUGAAAAGGUCAGUAAAACUGGAGCGGAGGGCGCUGUGUUGGAUGAAGCCAAAAACAUCAAUAAAUCUCUGUCAUCUCUGGGUAACGUCAUCUCCGCUCUUGCUGAGGGUUCGACGUAUGUCCCCUACAGAGACAGUAAGAUGACAAGGAUUCUACAGGAUUCGCUAGGAGGAAAUUGUAGGACCACUAUUGUUAUCUGCUGCUCUCCUUCCUCAUUCAAUGAAGCUGAGACCAAAACCACACUCAUGUUUGGACAGAGAGCAAAGACCAUUAAGAACACAGUGACUGUAAAUGUGGAGCUGACAGCAGAGCAAUGGAAGAAGAAAUAUGAAAAGGAAAAAGAGAAGAACAAGACCCUGAGGAACACCAUCACCUGGCUGGAGAACGAGCUCAAUCGCUGGAGGAACGGUGAGAGCGUGCCUGCUGAAGAACAGUACGAUAAAGAGAAAGCAAACGCAGAAGUUCUAGCCUUGGAUAAUGUGGUGAAUAACGAUAAAUUUGCACCGUCUCCCAGCAUCCCCGGCUUAAAAUUGACUGACGCUGAGCGUGAGAAAUGUGAGGCUGAACUGGCCAAACUCUACAAACAGCUGGACGACAAGGAUGAUGAGAUAAAUCAGCAGUCUCAGCUGGCUGAGAAACUCAAGCAGCAAAUGUUGGAUCAGGAGGAGCUCCUUGCCUCAUCACGACGGGACCAUGAUAACCUGCAGGCGGAGCUCACCCGUUUGCAGAUGGAGAAUGAUGCUUCUAAAGAGGAGGUGAAGGAGGUCCUGCAGGCGCUUGAGGAGCUCGCAGUCAACUAUGAUCAGAAGAGUCAAGAAGUGGAGGAUAAGACCAAGGAGUUUGAGGCCUUGAGUGAAGAGCUGAAUCAAAAAUCUAGCAUUCUUGCGUCUAUCGACUCUGAGCUGCAGAAGCUAAAGGAAAUGACCAACCAUCAGAAGAAGAGAGUGACUGAGAUGAUGUCAUCAUUACUCAAAGAUCUGGCAGAGAUUGGCAUUGCCGUAGGCAGCAAUGACAUCAAGCAGCAUGAGGGUGGAGGUCUUAUUGAUGAAGAGUUCACAGUGGCUCGUCUCUACAUCAGUAAGAUGAAGUCAGAGGUGAAGACUCUCGUGAAGCGUAGCAAACAGCUGGAGAGCGCACAGACCGAGGGCAACAAAAAGAUGGACGAGAAUGAGAGAGAACUUGCUGCCUGCCAGCUGCAGAUCUCUCAGUAUGAAGCAAAGAUCAAGUCUCUGACAGAGUAUCUACAGAACGUAGAGCAAAAGAAGAGACAGCUGGAGGAGAACGUGGACUCUCUUAAUGAGGAGCUGGUCAAACUCAGUGCUCAGGAGAAAGUUCAUGCCAUGGAGAAGGAGAGUGAGAUACAAACUACUAAUGAAGUCAAGGCCGCGGUCGAGCAGCAGAUCCAGAACCACAGAGAAGCUCAUCAGAAACAGCUGAGCAGCCUGAGAGAUGAACUGGAGACCAAGGAAAGACUCAUCACUGAACUACAGGAUUUAAAUCAAAAGAUCAUGCUUGAGCAGGAACGUUUGAAGGUGGAGCACGAGAAGCUCAAAUCCACCGACCAGGAGAAGAGCCGCAAGCUACAUGACCUCACGGUGAUGCAGGACAGAAGAGAGCAGGCCAGGCAGGAUCUCAAAGGUCUGGAGGAGACAGUGGCCAAAGAGCUGCAGACUCUUCAUAACCUAAGAAAACUCUUUGUUCAAGAUCUGGCCACACGGGUCAAGAAGAGCGCUGAGAUGGACUCUGAUGACACGGGUGGCAGCGCGGCCCAAAAGCAGAAGAUCUCCUUCCUUGAGAACAACCUGGAACAGCUCACUAAAGUCCAUAAGCAGCUGGUGCGCGAUAACGCAGACCUGCGCUGUGAGCUGCCGAAGCUGGAGAAGCGCCUACGGGCGACUGCGGAGCGCGUGAAGGCUUUGGAGUCUGCACUCAAAGAGGCCAAAGAGAACGCGGCUCGUGAUCGCAAACGCUAUCAGCAGGAAGUGGACCGCAUCAAAGAGGCUGUCAGAGCCAAGAAUAUGGCCCGCAGAGGACACUCGGCACAGAUCGCCAAGCCAAUCAGACCAGGCCAGCCCCCUGUCGCCUCUCCCACCCACCCCAAUGUCAACCGCCCUGGGGCAGGACUUUUCCAAAACAACCAAUCAGUGGGCAUCCGUGGAGGCGGAGUCAAGCAGUAAAAUAACUGUUGAAUGCUGAAUUUAACCCCAGUAGCUGAAGCCUUUAUCACCCUAAAAGCUGAGCAGGCAUUCCACAGCACGAGAUGGUUUAACAUAUGAAAAUGAAUAUAAGUAUAUAUGUGUAUGAAAAUACUGAAAUACUAUCCCCGUCUGGGCUGUACAGUUCAUUCUUAUCUCUUGUAUCUUCCCUUUGAAAAACUCUAAAAACAAACAAAAAAACAGGCUUUUUGCACCAGUGGACACGUGUGUAACUAACGUGUAACUCUUCACUCCUGCACAGUAGGUUUCUGUUCACAUACAGCUCUCCACGUUCCUCACUGUGCCAAGUUGAAUGUAUUACAAAUUUACUCAAGAAAAUAGGCAGAAAUGAAUGAAUAUGGUCAAAUGUAAAAAAAAGAUGAAUUCUAGCUUUUAGCCUUAUUUAUGUGUUUAAAUUUUAGAGAGAUGGCUUGUUCUGUCGUUUCUAUUCAACAUUUCACCUAAAUAAGUUAAACACUACAAUUGAACUGUACAUAAGAAAAAAUGCAUUGUUUGUAAGAACACACAGGAGAAAUAAAUGCCGAGCUGGUGAUAGGGUUGUGUGAUGACAGCUAAACAGAUGUAGUAAAAGAGAGCGAAAUGGCUGUUUAAUGUAGAUACUCCUACGCGUUGUACGAACACAAUUAUCAUUGAUGUGUAUAUUACAGCCUGAUGUGUUAGAUGAGACUACAUUAGGUGUAAAGAACUGUUAUACUAAUCUAAUGCCAUCUUUUUAUUUUAACGUUCGCAUCAGUUCUCAUAGAUUACAAAGUUUGUCGUAUUGCUAUAGCUGCUAUGUGGGUUUAAGAAAUCACUUCUUUUAUGGAUUCUUAAUAAUCAUGUGGAUUUGUAGAUCUACCUAAAAUAUGCUCAGAGGGGAUUGACUUUAUUUAGAAACGGCAAUGUUUUCACUAAUGGUUUUAGGCAGGGGACCUUGCAGUUAACUUGAAGGAUUAGUUCAAAUUUCAAAUGUCAUUAUUUAUUCACUUUAAUGUCGUUCCUGAACCGUAUGACUGACUUUUAUCCUAGGAGCCCCAUAAAGAAAUGCUUCUGAAGUGAUUUGAUAUCUUUACGCGAAAUUUAGGUCACUAUUUGCAGCCAAAGUCACCAUUGUUGAAUCCUAUUUGGACACUCAAUUCAAACAACAGACUAUAAUAAAGAUGGAUGACGUGUUUCCAAAGACUUCCAUUGUAGAAAGAUGAAGUCAAAAUAUGUCAUUUGGAGCCAGUAGUGAUCUUCGAUAUCAAGGUCCCACCUAUAUUCCUGUUUGACUCAAUCACAGGCGCACAAAGCAUGUCAUCACACCCCUUUUUAAUAGCAUCUUAUAAUUAAACAUGCGAACACUUAAAGGUACAUCAGCGUGAUAUGAAAUGACUAAAAUAACAGAAUCCAUCUUUAGGAAAAAUGUAUUUGAAGUUUAAAUUCAUUUUUAAGUCACAUGGAAAGGGGCGGGGCUUUUUACCUAGACUGCAGCCAGCCACCAGGGGGCGAUCAAAAAUGUUUUGGCUUCACUUUUUCAGGACCUGAUUCAAACAAGUUGUGGGUAGAACGGAUACAGCUACAGUCAAAAUCUUGUGAAAUCUUGCUGGAUGAGCGCUGUUGUCAUCUUAAUUCUAACCCUUAACCCAACAUUUCAACAGAUGUAAACCGUAGCUGUAUCCUAUCUAGCCUAAAACUGCUGUUUUCAUCCUAAUACUACCCUCAAACCUAACCCUAAACCUGAUUCAAACAGGUUGUGGCUAGAAGGGGUACAGCUACGACCAAAGUGAAAUCUUUCUGGAUGUGCGCUGUUGUCAUCUUAAUCCUAAACCCAACAUUUCAAUUGAUGUAAACCGUACCCGUAUCCUAUCUAGCCUAAAUCUGUGUUUUUAAUCCCAGUCCUACCCCCAAACCUAACCUUAAACCCUUAUUCAAACAGGUUGUUGCUAGAAGAGAUACAGCUGCGAACAAAAUCUUGUGAAAUCUUGCUUGAUGAGCACUGUUGUCAUCUUAAUCCUAACCCUUAACCCAACAUUUCAACAGAUGUAAACCGUAGCUGUAUUCCAUCUAGCCUAAAACCGCUGUUUUUCAUCCUAAUCUUACCCUCAAACCUAACCCUAAACCUGAUUCAAACAGGUUGUGGCUAGAAGGGGUACAGCUACGACCAAAGUGAAAUCUUGCUGGAUGAGCGCUGUUGUCAUCUUAAUCCCAACCCUAAACCCAACAUUUCAAUUGAUGUAAACCGUAGCUGUAUCCCAUCUAGCCUUAACCGCUGUUUUUCAUCCUAACCAUAACCCUGAUUCAAACAGGUUGUGGCUAGAAGGGGUACAGCUACGACCAAAGUGAAAUCUUUCUGGAUGUGCGCUGUUGUCAUCUUAAUCCUAAACCCAACAUUUCAAUUGAUGUAAACCGUACCCGUAUCCUAUCUAGCCUAAAUCUGUGUUUUUAAUCCCAGUCCUACCCCCAAACCUAACCUUAAACCCUUAUUCAAACAGGUUGUUGCUAGAAGAGAUACAGCUGCGAACAAAAUCUUGUGAAAUCUUGCUUGAUGAGCACUGUUGUCAUCUUAAUCCUAACCCUUAACCCAACAUUUCAACAGAUGUAAACCGUAGCUGUAUUCCAUCUAGCCUAAAACCGCUGUUUUUCAUCCUAAUCUUACCCUCAAACCUAACCCUAAACCUGAUUCAAACAGGUUGUGGCUAGAAGGGGUACAGCUACGACCAAAGUGAAAUCUUGCUGGAUGAGCGCUGUUGUCAUCUUAAUCCCAACCCUAAACCCAACAUUUCAAUUGAUGUAAACCGUAGCUGUAUCCCAUCUAGCCUUAACCGCUGUUUUUCAUCCUAACCAUAACCCUGAUUCAAACAGGUUGUGGCUAGAAGGGAUACAGCUAUGGCCAAAGUGAAAUCUCUCUGGAUAAACGCUGUUGUCAAAUGAAUCCUGAUCCUAAACCCAACAUUUCAAUAGAUGUAAACCGUUGCCGUAUCCUAUCUAGCCUGAACUGCUGGUUUUCAUCCUAAUCCUAACCCUAACCCUAAACCCUGAUUCAAACAUAUUGUGGCUAGAAGGGAUACAGCUACGGCCUAAGUGAAGUCUUGCCGGAUGAGCGCUGUUGUCAUCUUAAUCCUAACCCUAAAUCCAACAUUUCAAUAGAUGUAAAAUGUUGCAGUAUCCUAUCUAGCUAAAACUGCUGUUUUUCAUCCUACCCCCAAACCUAAACCCAACAUCUCAAAAGAUUUGGCUGUAGCUGUAUACCCUCUAGGCACAACUCUUCAAACAGGCACAUUCCCAAACCCAUUGAAAAAGACCACUCUGGACAUUCUGCAAGAUAUCUUCCAAAAAUAAAGACAGUCAUACGGGUUUAGAUAUACAUGAGGGUAAAUUAAAUGGAUGUUUGAUUGUGGAAGCGAUCGUGUGUCAGAGCGGUGUAGAAAUUUUGUUACUGGUUGUAGGUUUAGCAUUAUUUAGUUUUGCUGGGAGUGAGGUUUGUGCAAUGGUCAGCCAGCCAUUGAAGUCACUAUAUACCUCCGCUUCUGCAUUUACACUGUAUAUGAUUUUAGUUGGCUCUUUGGUGCAGUGUAGUCUAGCAGGGUCCAUCAUUUAAAGUUCUGAUUUUUGAGAAUGCUGAUCGAUUUGAAAAGGUGCAAACAACCUGGGGUUGCCUCGUGUUUGCUUUUAGACCUACUGAUUGGUUCUCCAUUCUCACGGUUCUAGCGCUUUCCAUUCAAUACAACAUUACUGCCUUGGGUAGUGUUUAGGGGCGGGGCCUAUUUAACAAUGGGUGGGGUUUAUUUUAUCCAUUUUAGGUCAUGUUUUCAUUUUAAUGUACUAGGUAAUAUUGUUUUAUUUAUUUCUGUUUUUAUAGACUAGAUAUUUUGCUUUUAAUUUGUUUUGUUUUCUUGUGUGUUUUUUUUAUAAGUCUGCAAUGUCAUUUUCUUACGAAAGUAUGUGUAGAUUCCAAUGUACUUUUUCUUUUCAAUGUAAAUUGGAUCCAAAUCCUACUAGGUGUCCUGUGUAAAUUACUGUAGUAGCAGAGGGGAUAUCGAGGAUGGAGUUUUAAGACCUUUUGUGUGCAAUAUGAAUCUGGUAUAGUUCAAGUUUCGCAGUACUGAAGAUAAAGUCAUUGAAACCACACUCGGCAGUCCUUCAAUUUUAUAUUUGUUUGAUGCUCGUGUGUUUAGCAGUUGUGUCGUCGCAAAACUUAAUCUUUUAAAAGCACUUUACAAUGUACCAUCUCUAUUGAAAACCGCACUUGAAAAUUUGCAUCUCAAACAUUAAAUUUAUCAAAUUGCAUUUUAUAAUUAUUAUCACUGAAGAACUACGUCUUAUGUUUUGAAGAAUGUUGUUUUUUUUUCGUUGUUUUUUUGCCUUGAAUCUGCAUUAUUUUUUAACAGUUGCUGAGAAACACUCCAUUUAAAUGGCUCUAAUGAAAAGACUUGAUGGUUAAAGGAUGGUCAAAUGUGUACAGUUGGUUCUUCGAAGUGUGUAGACUGAAUUGCUGUGUGUAUAUUUCCUUCGGUUGCUUACUCUAUAGGUUUUCACCCCUUGACAUGAAAUGCAAAUAAAGUAUAGGGUAAACACA